CUUAAUGGGUUAGUUACAUGUAUAAGGAUCUUUCUAGCACUAACCAGCAGAAUCAUCCUUGUGACCAGGUCCCUAAGGCACUGCCUAUCUGGCAACAAAGGUUGGAAAGUGCACAAAACAGUGCUGGACUAGGGCAUUUCUCUAGGUUCUCCCCUGGUAUUGGUUAUGAUGUAAUGUGGAUACUUGUGCAACUAUGGUAUAUAAGGGGACAGGUUCAUUCAUUAUGUUCACAGAGAUUAAAGAAGACCAGAGAGGCUUUGCCCAGGUGCUGAUAUGGAGCAGGUGUCAUCAACAGGCAGACCCGUGCAGAUCACUGUGACAGAUGGAUAUGACUUGAAAGGUUUUAAAGGAGAUACUCCAGUUACCUUUAUCCGUGCAGAAUUCAAUCAGGUGGUUCUGGGACACUCUGCAAAAAUUACUGUUUCUCCAGAAGGAACUGCAAAAUACAACUUCACUUGCAGUUUUGAGGUCAAUCCUGAAGGUGGAGUCACUUUAAAUGACCUCGCCCACAAACCUGUGUUCUUAACGAUGACUGAAGUUUUACCAAAGGAAAAGAAACAGAAAGAGGAGAAGACCAUGAUUCUUGGUCAAGCUGUGGUGGACCUUCUUCCUUUACUGGAAGGAGAGAGUUCAUUUGAAACGAUGGUCCCAUUGCACCCUGUGCCAGGCUCGCCCUUGGAACCUCUUCGAUCAGGUGUCAAGCAGUGCAGUCUUGAAGUUAAAGUAUUUGUGGCGGAGCCCUUAUUGACUGCAGCCCAGAUCUCAGGAGGCAGUCUCCUGAAGGUCACAUUGGAGGCUGCCUACUCUGUGCCUGAAUCCUUCAUUCCAAUGGGGCUGCUGCAGAACUUCAUGGUUGGUCUGCAAGUUCCAUCAGCUGGAGAGAAAGACUAUCCCAUUUUCUUCAAGAAUGGAACUCUGAAGCUUGGAGGGGAAAGAGAACCUGUUCCUCGGCCCAAAAAAUGGCCUAUUGCCAACAUUCUGGCUCCAGGAGCUAAUUACAUUCCUGAUGCUUUCAUCGUUGGUGGGCCUUAUGAGGAAGAAGAAGGGGAACUCAACCGACCUGAGGACAGGGAAUUUAGGAACCAAGCAGAGUGCAUAAAGAAAAGGAUUACUUGGGACUUGGAAAGUCGCUGCUACCUCGAUCCUCCUGCAGUGAUCAGUUUUCAGAAGCGAAUUGCUGAUUGCCGAUUUUGGCCUGUAGAGAUCACAAGGGUUCCUCUGGUUACUGUACCCAAAGGGAAAUCUGCUAAAUUUGAAAAGACUGAUGAUGAAGGUCAGCUUUCAUUUCAUGGUGUGGCUUAUGUUAAUAUGGUGCCAUUGCUGUAUCCAGGUGUGAAGAGAAUUCGGGGAGCUUUUCAUGUUUACCCUUAUCUAGGUAGCACAGUCUAUGAAAAGACCAAGUGUUUAUUUAGCUUGUUCCGGGAUACUGACCAUAAUUUGAUUCAGAAUAAUAAAAUAGGAGGAAUUAAUUCUCCAGUGUCCAAACCAGUUAUUUCUAAGAACCUUAAAGAAGAUAAAACAGUCAAAGAAAAGGAUAUGGAAGCAAGGCCUAGGCCUGGGGAUGUGCAAUAUGUAGAAGCAGGAACAUACAUUGUGUUGGAGAUUGAGCUGGACAAAGCCUUGGUUCCGAAGCGAAUGCCAGAGGAACUAGCCAGAAGGGUCAAAGAAAUGAUACCUCCAAGGCCGCCUGUUACCCGUCGGACGGGAGGAGCUCAGAAGGCAAUGAGUGACUACCACAUGCAGAUCAAGAACAUUUCUAGAGCCAUUCUGAAUGAGUAUCACAGGAUGUUUGGAAAACAGGCAGUCCAAGUGGAGAGUGAUCUGGAUAGUGAAACCCUGGAGGAGCAGAAGUGCCAGCUCAACUAUGAACUUAAUUGCUCUGGAAAAUACUUUGCUUUUAAAGAGCAACUCAAGCAUGCUGUGGUAAAGAUUGUGAGAGAGAAGUACUUGAAGACAACAGCAUUUGAAAGCCAAGAGGAGCUGCAGAAAUUUAUUAGUGAGCUCUAUGUUUUCUUGGUGGAUCAGAUGCAUGUGGCCGUAAAUCAAGCCAUGCCAGAUGAUGUCCAAGGCACUCCUUCAACCAUUUAUACCAGCAGUGAACAGCUUCGACUCUUUGCAUUUGAAGCAGAAGUCAAUGAGAACUAUGAAAUGGCAACAGUGUACUAUGAAGAGAGGUUGGUUCGUGAGCCCCAGAACCUGGAGCACUGGCUGGACUACGGUGCCUUCUGCCUCCUAACUAAAGACAAUAUCAAAGCACAAGAGUGUUUUCGGAAAGCCCUUUCCCUGAACCAGAAUCAUAUCCACAGCUUGUUGCUGUGUGGUGUCCUGGCUGUCCUGAUGGAGAACUAUGAACAGGCAGAAAUUUUCUUUGAAGAUGCUACUUGCUUGGAGCCAACUAAUGUUGUAGCCUGGACUUUACUUGGUUUGUACUAUGAAAUUCAAAACAAUGAUAUUCGAAUGGAAAUGGCAUUUCAUGAAGCCUUCAAACAGCUUCAGGCACGAGUGCUUCGGGCACAAGUUACAAAGCAGAGGAUCACAGGACUAGGAGCUCCAUUAUCCAUUCUAGAUGAAUUUCUUGAUGAAUCCUCUAACCUGCAGUCUGAGUCACAUGAACCCAUUUUGUCUGUACAGUCUCAGGAUCCAACUACCAGCCAAAAACCAUCCAACACAUUUAUCAAGGAGAUACCAUUAAAAAAAGAAGCAUCAAAAUGUCAAGAGUCAUCGACUUGUCUGCAUCCCACCCUUUAUAGUGUUUCCCAAACUCCUACCACCAUCUUCAUGGAGACCAUACGCUUCUUGAUGAAGGUCAAUGCUGUGCAGUAUGUACACAGAGUGCUUGCACAUGAGCUAUUAUGCCCUCAUGGAGGCCCCAGCUGUGAGUAUUACUUGGUGCUGGCCCAGACACACCUACUCAAGAAGGAUUUUGCUAAAGCAGAGGAAUACCUUCAACAAGCAGCCCAGAUGGACUACCUGAACCCUAACGUCUGGGGCACGAAGGGCCAUCUCUAUUUUCUGCGUGGAAAUCAUGCUGAGGCCAAGGCAUGCUAUGAGCGAACCAUUAGUUUUGUAGCGGAUGCUUCUGAGAUGCACUUCAUCUUCCUGCGACUGGGGCAGAUAUAUCUGGAAGAGAAAGAGUACAAAAAGGCAAAGAAAACCUACCUGCAAGUCUGUAAGAGAUCGCCUUCAUGCCUUACCUGGCUAGGACUGGGAAUCGCCUGUUAUCAGCUGGAUGAGCUCACAGAGGCUGAGGAUGCUCUCUCUGAAGCCAAUGCACUGAACAACUACAAUGCUGAAGUAUGGGCAUAUCUGGCUCUGGUCUGCCUGAAAGCUGGACGGCAACUGGAAGCUGAGCAGGCCUACAAGUACAUGAUGAAGCUGAAAUUGAAAGAUGAGAGUCUGCUUGCAGAGAUCCACAUGGUACAGGAGACAGUUGGCUUUGGAAAUCCAUCUUUCUGACAUCCUUCCACCUGAAGAAUUUUCUGUAUGCGACACUAAGCUCCUUUCCUUCCCAGAGAAAUUAAACCCUGGAUGUCUCACCAUAUGAGGGCUUGGGAUAAAGAAAAAAGGAUCUUCAGCACAAACUGAAACCCAUUCAUUUAUUUCCAUUGGCUAUCUUACUGGAUGGCUAUGUUACUGGAUGUUUUAGUGGUUGACAGUAAACUGG